AUGGUCUUAAUAAAUGGCAUUAAAUAUGCCUGUGAGAGGUGCAUAAGAGGCCAUAGAGUAACAACAUGCAACCAUACGGAUCAACCACUUAUGAUGAUCAAACCCAAGGGUAGACCUUCUACCACAUGCGACUAUUGCAAACAGCUUCGAAAAAACAAGAAUGCAAACCCUGAAGGGGUUUGCACCUGUGGUCGAUUAGAGAAAAAAAAAUUAGCACAGAAAGCUAAAGAAGAGGCUAGAGCUAAAGCCAAAGAAAAACAAAGAAAACAGUGCACCUGCGGAACUGAUGAGGUUUGCAAAUAUCAUGCGCAAAAAAGACAUGUAAGAAAAUCCCCAUCCAGUUCUCAAAAGAAAGGAAGAUCUAUUUCACGUUCGCAACCAAUGUUUGAAAGAGUAUUAUCUUCUACUUCACUGGAUAGCAAUAUGCUAUCCGGCCAUGGAGCACUAUCAGAUACCUCCAGCAUACUGACAAGCACAUUUUUAGACAGUGAACCCGGCACGGGCAAGAUUUCAAAAGAUUAUCACCACGUUCCUUCAUUGGCGUCCAUUUCAUCAUUACAAUCCUCUCAAUCAUUAGACCAAAACUUCAGUGUACCACAGAGCCCGCCAUUAUCUUCAAUGUCAUUUAAUUUCCUCACUGGAAAUGUGACAGAAACUAAUCAUAGUCACAGUAAUCAUCAACAUUCUAAAUCAAAUAGUAACUGGCAAGACAGUUCAGUAAGUUUACCAGCAAAAUCUGAUACACGUUUUACUUUGAUGGAGAAAAACAACUCUAUGGGUCUCGACCUAUUAGGCCAUUCUAAACGAAUAUCACCGAUAUCAAACUCUCGCGUUGGCGAAGUUAGCGUUCCAUUAGAAGAGUAUAUCCCUUCUGAUAUUGAUGGGGUGGGAAGAGUUACUGAUAAAAGUUCCUUAGUUUACGAUUGGCCAUUUGAUGAGAGUAUUGAGAGAAAUCUUAGUACGACAGCAACUGCAGCAACUGAUUCAAGUAAGUUUGACUUGAAUGACAACAAUAAUAAAACUAACUGCAACAAUAUGAAUCGCAGUAACUUUAAUAACAAUGGUAACAAUAAUAACAGCAGUAACACUAUCAAUAAUAAUAGCAACAAGGACAGCAAUAUCAAUAAUAAUAACUGUUCCAGACAAGAGCAUCAAAGCAAUGGCCUAUUUGACAUGUUUACAGAUUCCUCGUCAAUUUCAACGCUUUCUCGUGCAAAUUUAUUAUUACAAGAAAAAAUUGGUUCACAAGAAGGUUCAAUUAAACAAGAACCCUAUUCUAAAAACCCCCAAUUCCGUCAUCAAUUAACUUCCAGAAGUAGAUCAUUCAUUCAUCAUCCAGCAAACGAGUAUUUAAAGAAUACUUUUGGAAAUUCGAAUAGCAACGACAUCGGGAAGGGGGUUGAAGUGCUAUCAUUGACGCCAAGUUUCAUGGACAUUCCAGAAAAAGAAAGAGAAACAGAAAGGUCACCAUCAUCAAAUUACAUUGCUGACAGGCCCUUUACUCGAAAACCUAGGUCAUCCAGCAUUGAUGUAAACCAUAGAUAUCCACCUAUGCCAUCCACCAAUGUAGCCACAUCCCCCAGUGCAUUGAAUAAUACAGUAGCAAGUAAUCUUGACGAUCAACUCAGUUUAACAUCUCUCAACUCUCAACCAUCAUCAAUAGCAAAUAUGAUGAUGGAUCCUUCUAACUUAGCUGAACAAAGUUCUAUUCAUUCAGUUCCUCCAUCAAUAAACUCUCCAAGGAUGUCUAAGACCGGAAGUCGUCAAGACAAGAACUUCCAAGCAAAAAAGGAGGAGAGAAACCCGUUGAAUAGUGUACAAGAUCUUUCACUACUGGAAAAUGCACCAGGAGAGUUGAAUCAGAUGUUCUCUCUGCCACUAAAAAAUAUGAAUAGACCGGAUGCCAUGAGGGAAAAUUCGUCUAGUAGUAAUUUCAUAAUCCAAGGAAAUGGCACUAUGUCUACGCCUUCUGCAAGGAACGAGCUUCCAGAUACUUCUCCGAUGAGUAGUAUUCAAACAGCCUCACCACCAAGCCAAUUACUCACCGAUCAAGGGUUUGCGGAUUUGGAUAAUUUUAUGUCUUCGUUAUGA